AUGACGUGGGCCCGGCGUGGUGAUGAAAUUCCAGAACGAGCAUGCUUUCCAGGCCAUCCUGGACUACGACUAGCGCCUGCACCUCGAGAGCUGACGGAUUUAGUCAACUUAGCAUACAGAUUUCCAGCGAAUGGUGUGUGUGAAGGACCGGGCACGCCUGUCAUGCGCAAGGGUCUAGAUGGAAGCGGAGCCCGUGAUAAGGAAGCUGAGCAGGCUAUUCAGUGGCGCCGUGGCGGAGCGUUGGGCUACAUGCCUCGCUGGGCUGGUUCCACCGUGGCUGCAGAUUGCGGAAUUGGGGGUGGAGUGAAGCUAUACCAAGACACCUUGAGGGAGCUCUCCCACGGGAGAAUCGCCAACCACAACUCCACAGCCAAUGAGCACCUGAUCGGGUCAGUGCGGGAGGUCUACGUAACAGAUGGUAAGCUUAAAUAUGAGACAAGUAGAGAUUGCCAUCAGGGGUUGUGGAUAGGGUGAAAAAGGAGUCGUUGCGCAACAGGAUGGCAGUAGAAGUGAAGCAAAGAAAAUACAGGAUUGGGGAAAUCAAC